ACCACGGCCACCGGGUGAAAAAAGUUGUGCACACCGAGGGCCACCUAACUCCCGCAUGUCCCGGGCGUCGUCGAACCAACCAGUCUCGGACGGGGAUCCCCAGGCUACCGGGUCUCCAUCUGACAAUUCUUUCGCUGUGUAACGAAGUAAGGACUGUGUUUGGUUGCUGUCUCAGACUAAAAGGGCAGCUUGUGUCAAAAUGUCAGCCUCCAACCAAAAUGUGCUACAUCGGAAACCACUUCCCGAGGAGCCCACAGGCCCAGGCCGGGUGAACAGCUUGCCGCUGCCACCACCGUCCGGGCUCGGCUUCUCGCCUAGUCUUCCAGACGUACCACAGGAACAGAACAGUCGUCCGACCGAUGACAAUGCUGGCCCUGGGAUGCGAGGCUCUGGGCGUUUGCACAAGCCCGCACCCCCACAGCACGCACCACCUCCUCCUCCUCGCCAAGUUGUUACGCCACCUCCUACCUCAGAUUCCAACUUCCUUUUCAGCGAGACCAAGCCAUCGCCGCGCUUACAGAAACAGCGGAAACAGAGAAGUAGCUCUGUUAAUGCGAGCCCCCAAUCUCAUGCGCAAUUCUCCUCGGGUCUGGUGGCCCAGCAAAGUUCUCCUAACGAUAGGACCCGAAGCUCAUCUGCUCAACCCCCAGCCGCUAGAUCAUCAGGAGAACGUGAGGGUCACAUCGUACCACCAGGAGUCGCAGCCGGGCUAGCACGUCCUGGCUCAAGUAACGGCAGUCAAAGUCCCACCAGAGAGGGCGAAAGACGUGGGAGAAAGAGUUGGCUCCCUGGAGGAAGGUCAAGGUCACAGUCCACUGAGACUCGACGGCAAGAUAUGGCCGGUGCUUGGAUCCUUGGCCAAAACUCUGACUAUAACACGGCUUUUCUUGCCAAUAGUGAAAAGGUUCCAGAGCUCUGGAACGAUAGUGGUGAUGUGCUUGUCUACCUAGACCCUAAAGGAAGCAACGGCUCACCUUCCUUUAAAGUCCAUUCUUUCACAACUGACUCCUCGCUUGUGUUUGCGGACUUGAUUGAUGCUGAGUCAUCUAUGAGUCCUGGGGAAAGAUCCCGCAGCUUCAUUGGUCGAGAUAGCCUCUCGGUAUCAGAUGCGACGCGGAGGGUGCAAUCGCCUCCACUUUCCCCCCCGAUACCCGAUUCUCAGGGCAGCUCCGAAAUGCGACUCUACCUCCCGGUUUCGAUGUCCACUCCAGGUCACAGGUCUGAAACUGACAUGGAGCGGUUGAUCUCUAUACGGAAUAUGUUUGCCUUUUUGACGGGUCAGCCGUUAGUGGCGACAAAAGCUCAGCCCACUCUAUAUGCCGUGUUCCUCAAUAUAUCCAGUCUGUUAAAGGAAUUUGAAUUCACCAACAUGGAUGGGUCUACCUUUGGGGAUGCUGCAGAGAUGAGUUUCAGUUUCUUCAUAGAGCAGAUGGCGCUCGCCGAUGUGAGACAGAGCAGGGAAAAGACGCUCGAAUCUCUGAUCUUAGGUGAGCGGAUGCGAUCAAUGGAGCUCUAUAAUGAGGCUUUCGCCCAUGCAGUAGGCAAGUAUUCGGCCAUGCGUGAUCUUCGUUCUCCUCUAUGGGAUCAAGUGUCUUCAAGCACUCGCCAACGGCUCGAGCGCGCGCAUUUCGAUCUUGUAGGACGACAACAUGGUGUCAAUAAUCGCCUCGAAUCCUUUGAUUUCCCUGCCUUAUUCUCCGGUACAGCAAAUUCAACAUCAUCGGCUGAGUACAAGGACAUCAGAUUUAAUAUCUGGCGAAAGUCGUUCGGACGCAUGAGACAAUUUGUUCUGGGUUAUUAUAAGUCAAGCUUCGGAAGCUGGCCCCCUAAGGCUCGCAGUAAGAAGAACCCAUUUACAGAAAGCGGUCUCAAUCGCCAAGUGCUCAAGAUCUUAUAUUCCGACUUCUGCGCACUCUAUGACCUCCUUGUCGACCGAGAAUCAUUAACUACUCGAAUGAUUGACCAGGGGGUAGACAACAUUAAUAGUGACCAUCGGAAUCCACGAUGCUCGGCCAUGAGAAAGAUAUUAGGUGAAUUUGACCAAUCGUCUCCACCUGUGCUUCCCCCAAUUCCUUUCGAUCUCCCCAAAUUACCUGAUAUGACAAGCGUACAAGAGAAUUUCUACGAUUUGUCCCACAAGGAACAGGCCAAACUGGUGAAGAAAGGCUUGCAAGAGUACCAGACGAUUCUCAUCUUGAAUAAGGCUUAUGAUUUCGAUACUACCAAGCUACCCAUGCCUUUCCUAGACCAAUUCAAGGAGUUCGAGAUGAAAGACGCUAAAGGUAAAACGGCUGCUGACAUGGCAGAUCACCGCCUCGGCUACUGGUUGUUUCUUUACGUCGUGAUUCAGUCUCUACCGAUGCUCAUCGUUGAUGCGCCCGGAUUGAAAUAUACUGAAGGUGUUGAGUAUUUCCUUUGCCAGCCGCCUAAAGGGUCACCACCGUGGAUAGAGGAUGCACCAGCGGUGCGUAAGCGGUGGUAUGAGGUAGCAGGCGGAGGUGGCCUGGUUGAACUCUCGGAGGAUGCGGUUGAGUUUGGCAUCGAGGGUAUUUAUCACCGGAGUCACUGCUGGCUCGCGGGAAAACGCUGGGAGAUGGGUGAAUAUACAAAUCCUCCGGUGCCUUCCAAUGAUACUCUUUCGCCAUUAGAAGCACCACAAGCUGUGUUUGAAGACAUGGACCCAGGGGUUGCGGGUAGUCCAUCAUUUGGGCCUCGAAGCGAAUCGCCAUUGAGCGGUCCGCCUGGGCUCGCUCUUCGCAGCAGAGGAACCUCACCUGCAAGACGAAACUCCGCAUAUCGCAGCAGCAUUGCUAUAGGGCUGGAGCCUGUGGCUCUGCCGGGAAGUGAGCAAUUAUUUCCAGGCUCGCGUGUUUCUAGUGCUUUGAGUACAUUCGGCGGCUCACGGCCUACCAGUACUCUUAUGGAUCGGAGUAGAUCCUCGGGCAAUCUUCGUGGCCUUGCGGGGUCCCAAGGCCGUGGGUCGGACUCGAGAAGCAGUUCUCGCCAAGAUUCUGCGGGUGGGAGCACCUUUGAUGACAUUCUAAAGGACAUGGGCGGUGAAGCGAAACAACCAAAGAAGAAGAAAGGGCUAUUUUAGCCAACAUUAAUGAGUAUGCACAGCUUGGAUUCGGAAAGCAAUGGCGCAUUUGGAUGUAUUUCUUAGCAUUUUUGGCAUACACUUGGCGGACAAAGAGAAAACCAAAAAACUGGGUACAAAUGGCGGAUCUUAUGGUCAAAAUCAACCUGCGGCUGGUUAUGGAUAUGAAUUUUUUUUAAGACAUCUCAUCGUCAAGGCGUAAGUACGUGCUAUGACAACAGGCUAGAUCUAAUCUACUACAAUGUGAAGAUGGCCACGUUGGGUUUGAAGCGAUGAAGAGCGAGUACAGUGACGUUUACAUCGGGCGGGAUAUCAAGCAUAGAGCAAUUAAAACUGUAUACUAAUGUAUAAGACUAUCACAUUAUGACAUGUGGAGC